CUCAACAAUGGAGUUCCUUCGGAAACCAAUUGUUCCCGGAACCCUGAAGAGGUACUGGGGGAGGCGGCGGUACCAAAGACUGUACGGCGGCGAAGCGAGAAAGAAUAUAAAAGUGACGAGGAUCGGAGGGAGAUCGCGGCGGUUUUGGAAUAUCAGAGCGGCACCGAGGCUGCGAUGGAGAAUGAUGAUCGCUUCGCCGAUGAAGCUUCUGACGAAGCUGAAAAAUGGUUACAUGAAUAUGCUGCUGAGAUUGGGCGGAACCGUUGGGUAUUUGAGCGCGCGGAACGAAUUCGGAGGAAAACGGAUUCCCAAAGCUCGAAAAGUUGAUCUGGGUUAUUCCACCUCCGAAUUUGAUCAAAGGUUGUUGUACGAGAUUUACAAGAAUCUGUGCCCUGCCCUUGAACUGUAUGGAUGA